AUGGAUCCUACUGGGGCUCUGCGCCCCCUCGACGAAUCUUUACUUCGAGAGCUUCCUCAACUACCCUUGCGUAUCGCUCCUUUGCGAGAGCCAGUCUCUUCGCGAACUCUCAGCAUCCCAUCUCCUUUAGAACCAAACGCCAGUGGCGCAAGGGAAUCAAGUACUAUUCCCAAGACUACUCCAAAUGGUGGAAACCUCCCACCAAAUACCAAGGCGGGCCUUCCGACGGUGAAGGAGUUCCUCAACGCGGCGAGGACUAAAAAGGCCGAGUCCGCCACGACAGAUCCCCAAUCGAAUGUGGAACCACCACCCAAACCUAUCCUCCCGGCAUUUGUAAACCUCCGUGCUCUAGAACGCUUCCCAUUCUCCUCAUCCUUCGACGACGAUGCCCUCCAUGGGCCGCGCAAGCGUCGGCGCUUAGACCUGCAGGCCGAGUCUUUCAGCGAACACUUGCAGUUGCCCAUUCCUCAAGCCCAGAAAGAACAACGCCCACCGCCAUUUGGACCUUUUGCUAUUCUAAAUGGACUGAAUGAGCCCCCGCCAAAUGCUGCCCUUCUGCCGCCAAUUGAGGCUGGCUCCUCCAUCUCCCAGCUUCUGACAAAGCCUUCUCAGCGCAACGGUACGGCCGUGGAUACUGGCAAUCCGAUAUCCACAAGUGGUACUAUUGGCACGGCUGUCGAAGUGCAGACUGUAGAAAGAAGAGAAGCUAGGAUUGAAGAGCUUCUUGACGCAACCCUUGAUGACAAUAACAAUGAUGACGACGACCAUGAUCAUGACAACAUGCAACAAUUCAACCAAUAUGAUAACCAAGAUACAUCCAAACCAGACCGGGAAGCAGAGCUUCUUCAGGAUGCCGGGGCUAUGCCUCAUCCUGCUCCGAUACUCGAUGAGGAGCCUAUGUCUCCGAAGACGCGUGGCCGAUCUCGCAAAAAUUUGAGAAAAUGGACCGAUGAAGAGACGACGGCUCUCCUCCGAGGUGUAGUCAAAUGUGGCAUUGGCAAUUGGACAGCAAUCCUCGCGCAGCCAGAACUCAAGUUCAAUAAGAGAACAGCCUCGAACUUGAAAGACAGGUUUCGAGUUUGUUGCCCCUGGGCGUAUCGUGCCUCUGAUCCUAAUGAAGCCACGAAGCAAUUGCGAGAUCAGCUUGCCAACGCUCUCCUCAAAGCUCAAGCAGACGGAUCUACCAACAAGCCUGGAAAGAUUCAGCUGCCCGACCGGAAUAUUGUCAUUGCUGGGUCUGAGCCCAGCUCUAGCCACGGAAGUACCCCCGGCAGCUCGCAUACUUCCUCCGCAUCGAGCAUGUCAGCCGGCACUCCAGACACAGAACACGGCGGCCUCAUCACACCACAGCAUGGUUCACCUCCAGGGAAGAGCCCGUCGAUAGCCUCCGAGCAGUCCCAAUCAACACUAGCAUCCCUGGGCCUCCCAGAAGCACAUGUCGCAACGAAACUCAAAAGACGUUCGCGCCGCCCAUUCACUACCGCCGAGGACGAGGCACUACUUAAAGGCUACGCAGUGCACGGCUUUCAGUGGACUCUCAUUCAACAAGACAAGCGACUGAACCUCGGUCACCGCAGAGCAACCGAUCUGCGCGACCGUUUCCGAACAAAGUUUCCACACGCCUACCGCGAUGGAGGCUCGGUUAGUGGCAAGGCUAUCAAUUCGCAAACUCAAGCCCAGGCCCCGGCAGCCGGGACACCGGGACCUUCUUCUCAGAGCCGGGAUCUAAGUAACGAGUCAACACCGACAGGCCCCCGUCGACCCAAGUCUCAUAGCCGCCAUGCAUCUAGUAUCUCAAAUGCCAACGCUGGACCACUCGAUUCGGCAUUCUUACCCCCGCCACAGGGCUACUUGGAUCAGUCUACCAACAUGGUACCUGGCGCGCUUUCAUUCCCGUCGGAUGAUAAUGCCGCAGGAGCUCCGUCGCCAUGGGAGGAUAAUACGCUUGCGCCCAUGGUUUGGGAUGAUCUCGGCUGA